GCUCAGUGGAGCUGCUCACUUUAACGUCACUCCAGCAGCACAGAGGGCUAGUGAAGUGAUUGCGGUGUCUGGGGACUGAGAUUUCCACUCCACACUAGCCAGGUAUGAUACACACAGAAAUGUCUCCAUUACUUCAGUGCAGCUCUCCACCAAGUGACAGCCUGCAGGUUCCUGGAAGCCCCUAGUCUUCUGGGAAGACAGUCUGCAUCAAGCACAGCAUCUUGAAGCCUGUGGUUACCAAUCAAUUGUUUGAGAAGGGAGCACAGCCAAGCCAUAGAAGGCAAGCUACAGAGAGGAGAUCUAUCUUCCUGGAUCCUGGCUAUUGUGUACCAUGUCAUAUCCUCAGUUUGGAUAUUCAUACUCCUCUACACCACAGUUCUUAAUGACCACCAACUCACUGUCAACCUGCUGUGAAUCCAGUGGGAGAUCUCUGUCUGAUACAGCAGCCUCUGCACAGACACCGGUCUAUUGUCCUGUAUAUGAGAGCAGGUUACUGGCCACUGCCAGACAUGAACUCAACUCAGCAGCGGCCUUAGGAGUUUAUGGCAACCCCUAUACAGGCACUCAAGGAUAUGGCAACUAUGUCACUUAUGGGACUGAUGCCUCUGCCUUUUAUUCUUUGAAUACGUUCGAAUCAAAGGAGAGCACAGGAUCGGCUCACCCGAGUAUCACCCAAACUGCUGCUUAUUACCCCUACGAUCAUACACUCAGCCAAUAUCAAUAUGACAGGUAUGGUACAAUGGAUGGAGGCACUCGUAGGAAGAAUGCAACUCGAGAAACCACCAGCACGUUGAAGGCCUGGCUGCAGGAACACAGGAAGAACCCUUACCCCACCAAGGGGGAGAAGAUCAUGUUGGCCAUCAUCACCAAAAUGACCCUCACUCAGGUCUCCACCUGGUUUGCCAAUGCCAGGAGGAGGCUCAAGAAGGAGAACAAGAUGACCUGGCCACCAAGGAACAAGUGCUCUGAUGAAAAGAGACCCUAUGAUGAGGAUGACGAAGAGGAAGAUGAAGAGUCUCAGAAAGGCCACAUCAAAAACGAGAAGAAAAUGGAUGAAGAGAGCGCGGUGAGAGAGCACAAAGACCUGGAACUGAGUGAUUUAGACGACUUUGAUGCCAUAGAAUCUGAGAGUUCUGAGUGUGAGUUGAAGCAGCCGUUCCACCAUCAGUCUCAGGAAGGACUCCCAAUGAGAUCAAGGGAUUGUUCCAAUGAACACUGCAAAGAGGUCACUCUGAAGAUGCCUCUCUCAGCCUCUACAGUAGACCAAGAACUGGACAGGGCUAAGAACUGCCUCAAAAGUGUUGAUGACUGUGAACAAGACUUGAUGAGAACAAGGCAAAGAGGAUGUGAAUCCAAAUUGUGCUUCCAACAGCAGGACCAGCAAAUGCUGGAUUCCAAACCAAGAAUAUGGUCCUUAGCUCACACAGCCACCUCUUUAAAUCAAACAGAGUACCCUUCUUGCAUGCUAAAGCACCAGGGAGUAUCUUCUCCUUCUUCAUCCUCCUCUUCUUCUUCUUCUGCUGUGUCCACUCCAGUUUGUGUGAUUGACAGACGUCAGGAUUCUCCUGUAACCAGCCUGAGAAAUUGGGUGGAUGGAGUAUUUCACGACCCAUUAUUCAGACAUAGUACUUUAAACCAAGCACUCACCAACACCACUGUUUCGUGGGCCACCACAAAAGGAACCAUUCUUGAAAAUGGGUCUUUAGGACGUUCUAUUGGAAAUCCAACCAAUAUGAUCAAAGGACAAGUGGCUAACCUAACCCAUGACACAAAUAAGGAAUUUAUUGCCUUCCCAAAAUCUGGGAGCAAGAUGUUCUGUUCCUAACGCGUUAGAAUGUUCCCUGACAGCUAGAAUGGACUUCUAGCAAAAGACAUGUAAAACAUUGGGUUCUGAUGACCCUAGAACUUCACUUUAAGUGGACACUGUUACUCCAGAUUCUGUUCUACCAUUCAUCUUUGUUUAAAUUAUCUUUUCUUAUAAGAUUGUGUUGUGACAAUUAUUUAAUUCAGUGUCUAAAAAAAAAAAAAGCACGAACUAUUUUAUGUGUUGGAGUAAUUACGGUUUACAAAUCCGAAAGUUUACAAAAAGCAAAAAACAAAAAAUUAAUGGUAUCAUUUUAAGCAGCAUGCUAAGUUAAUGAGUCAUCGAGAUACUUCAUUCUGGUUUUGUUGUUAGUGAAUCACAAACAGCACUUCUUCCAAGUUUACACCAAUGCACAUGUAAGACUGAAAAUUCUAUUUG